CCGGGGCAAAGGGCGCGAGUUGCUAUAGCGACGCGCCCUCAUGGCGGCGCGGCCGCAGUCAUGAGGCCAGAGCUGAUGAGAUGGAUAGUACCUUGCCAGCAGUAGCAGAAGAGCUUUUGAAAGAGAUCAAAAAGGCUUUUCAGGAGACCUCACAAGUCCCUGAUGACUUGCUGCUGGGGCUGAAGUUCAUAUUUGGCCCGUCUGCUGUCCCAGCUUUGGAUUUGGUGGAUCAGCGUUCCGUCACCCGAGUCAUGUCUCCCAGUGGAAGGACUGCGUACCAGGUCCUUGGGAGCUCUGGCAAACUCUACACCUGCUACAGUUCCUGCCACUUCUGCACGUGUCCUGCUUUUGGUUUUACUGUACUGCAGAAGAGCGAGAGCCUUCUGGUAACGAUGAUGACGGUGGUGGUCGCUGAUGAUGGUCGCUGCUGUGACUACAGAGAAAGGUCUGUGCAAACACCUGGUCGCUGAGCUACCAGCCGGAGGUGGCCAAGGUGAAAUUGGGAAUAGCUUGAUGUUCUAAAAUUGUUAACUAAUUACCUCAUUAUUGUCACUUAUUUGGUGAGACACUGUAUUGCCCUUAAGCAAACAGAAUUUAAGCACGCACUUAAAAAUAAAGAAAUGCAUGACUGCCACUGGAUCAAGGUAUGAAGAGUCUUGCUAGCGAGCAGCUGCAGCAGCCAGGUUUGCAGCACCAGCGACAGAGCAACCCCCGCCAUAAACCACCCCCAGCAAACGCACGCAGGGGCAGCGAGGCAGCUGAGCUGGGACGCGGCUUUUUCCUAAGCACUACAAAACGUGAUCAGACAGUGAGGAACCGACAGAUUUUCACAGCUCUGAAUGUUCCAGCAAACCCCUCCUUCAUUCUCUUUUAGGCUUAAUAUUAUUAGGCAAAAAACUAUUAAAGUAAAUUUACUCACCUAAGUCUGCUCAAUUAAUGUAUAACAAAUAUUGAAUCUCCUCUGUAUUUCUGUCCAGAAGCAUCAAAUGUUGCUUUAAUGUAAAUAACAGCUGAAUAUUUUAAAAUGAUUUAUUGAGAUUAAAUAACCUGGCAAUGCAUUAGUUCUUUUUACACUGCCAGGCAAAGACUUUUUACUGGCAUAAUCAUCAAGCAGCUAAUUACCUCAGCUCCCACCCAGUGCCCCACAGUGGACAUGCUGCGGAAGCCCUGACGCCAUCCCCACUGCGCUGCCGUCAAGGAGCAAUUCAGGCUUCUGUUUCUCUGACAUAUAUAACUAUACAUUUGCACCAGUGCCACAGCCACACAGCCCACCUUGCUGUAGGUCAAAUACUUGAAAGAAACCUCAGCUGCUUUUACAAUACGGCUCUGACACAGCGGUGUUACCGGGCGCACGCACCAGGCUGCCGGGGCCAGACCUGCUGUGGCAUCACCAAAACAGGUCAGCGGCAAAGGCUCCAGCCAGGGCACAGCCCAGCUCUGCCUGGCCACUGGGCCAUGGACCGGGCAACCACUCUGCCACUGAGGCUGCAGGAGAUGUCCCCCGAGCUGGCCCUUGGACUGGAGGUGGUGCCCUUCGCAGACAUCACUGUUGCCUGUGGCCCCUCCAGUGGUGGCUCAGCAAGGUCCACAGCUUUUCUGGAAAAGCAUCACGGCAACCACCAAAGCCCACUAGGACAGGGUGCAGGAAGGCACGCUGCCUUCUCCAGGCACUGUGCCUCUGCUUGGUAAGAUGGUCAGGGUCGGGGGGUUUUCCCACCAGGUCUCGUUGCAUUUCUACUGCUAUUUCUAGAGCCAGACGCCAGCCAGGACACCCAGGCGGGCAUCGCUAAGCGCAGCUGGAGCAGAGCAGGACGCGCUGCCAGCCUGCAGCCAGCCCAGCCUCUCCCAAACAGGAGCUUGGCUCCCGAGUGGCAGGAACUGACUCAUGUCCUGCACGUAGCUGGCAUCGCCCCACCAACCCUGCAGUCACCCCGUGGAGAUCCCCCAAGCAGAGGCACGGCUGCCCCGGAGCUCCCGUCAGAGGAGUGCGCAGCAGCAGCCAAGGUGUAACCCAGCCUUUGGGGCCAUCGGACUCGGGGCAGAGAACAGCCACAGUCCAGAGGAACCAGCCUGGAAGGGGAGUGUUAUCCCUACGUUAUUGAUCUCAGAGAGCAGGAAUGGGGGAGAAUCCCCCACCGUCCCCCAGCAGCCCAGAAGGAUGAACAGAUCAAAACACGGCGGUGCCAGACACCUGCACCCCUGGCACUUGGCAGAGCCCGAUGGUGGCCCUGGCCAUGAUGCUGACCUGGGCCCUGGCUGAUAAGUUACUGAGUAAAUAAACCCAAGGUUAGCAAGGAGCAGAGCCAGCAGCAAGGAGUUUGUUUUGCUGAACGUCUGAGGUGCAUUGCUGAACGAAAGGGUGAUCUGCAAGCUGAAGAACCACGUCAGCACUUGCCACCAUGUGCUCAUCAGCACUGCGGGGCAAGGGCUACCACAUCGGGCAGUGUUUGACCACGUGGCCCUUGUCCUGCCCAGGAACAGGCAGGUGGGAGAGGACCCCUUUGACUGUCCCCUGCAGAGUGGCACAACUCCCUUACAUCGGUUCCCCAUGGCAGCCCCGUUCCCAAAGUCUUCCCCAACCUCCCUGCUACUGGGCCGCUACUGAGGACACAAAAACGACCUCCACCACCUCUGGCGCAUCUGAAUACCUGCAGCCGGUACACGGCCAGCAGCGGAUCCUGGCUCCUCAGACCGCAGCAAUGGAUGUUCCCCUGCCCAGGCACUAGCGCUGUCCCCUGGCCUCACUGGGUGCCCAGUCAAACCCCUGAGGCUGGCUGAGAUGCUGCUUCUAGCAACAAAAAAAGUUUGGAGAAA